AGACUGGAGAGAUGCCUCUAUGGUCGCAUUGCUACUUCCCUUUCAUCCGUUCUUAGAAUCUAAGGUCAAGCCAAGAGGCUCCGCAAGAUACACUUCGUGCAUUUGCAGAGAACUCUAUAUUUUACACUAGCAGAAAUUGCACAGCAGGGAUGCCUUGCCAAGCACCAAAACAAAUGGCAUCUAGUGCAAAUGUAUCCAUGGUUCUCUUCUUCAUCUGCUGUGUUUCCUUUUCAAGUGCAGAAACAAGCAAGGAUGUACAGACACUCUUUACUCUCAGGUCCUCACUAAGCAGAGAGAGAGAACUCAUUCCAAGCUGGUUUAAUGGAAAAACACCACCAUGCCAGUGGUUAGGUGUAAAAUGCACCACUAAUCAUGAAAUUGUGGAGGCAAUAGAUUUAUCCUUCACACCUCUAAACCUUCCCAUCCCAAGCUGCAUUGGACAAUUCAGUUCCCUAAAGAUCCUCAACUUUAGCAAUUGUGAACUCUUUGGCCAAAUCCCAGAAACACUGGGGCAUCUGUGGAAUCUCCAGUAUUUGGACCUGAGCAACAAUCAACUUUCUGGAACUGUUCCUCUUUCACUUGCCAAUUCGACGAAGCUUAAACAAUUAUUGCUGGGUUCAAACAUGUUGCAUGGGAACUUGGGCCCAAUAAUUAGGCAGUUCAAUGAUCUCAGAAUACUCAGUUUAUCUGGAAAUGUCUUCUCUGGAAACCUCCCCAUGGAGUUGGGAAAUCUACAGAAGCUGCAGGUUCUAGAGUUCAGCAUGAACUCUUUUGCUGGGAGUCUUCCGGAAAGCCUUGGGAAUCUGACCCAACUCAUACACUUAGAUGGAAGCCAUAAUGGGUUUACAGGAACAUUCUUUUUUGGCCUUGGUUCUCUUGUCAAUCUAAAGACACUGGACCUCUCUUCUAACAGCUUUACAGGACCUCUAACGGAAGAUAUUGGGAAGUUGUCAAGUCUAAUAUCUUUAUGGUUGGGUCCUAAUGGCUUCAAUGGGAGUAUUCCAGUGGAAAUUGGAAAUCUUAAACAGCUCGAAAUCUUUUCAAUCCCUAGCUGCAAGUUCACUGGGAAAAUUCCCAGUGAGAUCUCCAAACUCAAGAAAAUAACAGACCUGGACAUAUCUGACAACAACUUUGAAGGGGAGCUUCCUCCAUGUAUUGGGGAACUGACAAAUCUUAAUUACCUCGUUGCAUCCCAUGCUGGACUCACUGGGAAGAUACCCGAGGAGUUGGGAAAUCUGAAGAAUCUGAUGAUAUUGGAUCUCUCCUUCAAUCACUUCUAUGGUCCAUUGCCAGAUAGUCUCUUUGCGCUUGAAUCCAUCAACUCAUUCCUUGUUGAUGAUAACCAUUUGUUUGGACCAAUUCCUGGCUGGUUGUCAAAUUGGAGCAUGGCACGAUUCAUCAGUUUGGAGAAGAACGACUUCAGUGGGACUCUGCCUUCUUUAAGGCUACAGUACUUGACCUCAUUCACUGCUGACGCAAACCAUCUGUCAGGAGAGAUCCCCGCUGAUAUUUGUGAGGCUGAGUCACUCUCUCAUCUUUCUCUUGCUGACAAUGAACUCACAGGAAGCAUUCAUGAAACCUUCAGAGGAUGCUCAAACCUCACUGAUUUAAUCUUAAACGGGAACAAGUUCUUCGGACAGGUUCCAGGUUAUUUAGCCGAGUUGCCUUUAGUUACCCUAGAGCUUUCGCACAACAACUUCUCUGGCUUUCUUCCCUCACAAUUGUUGCAGUCUGAAACCAUAGUUGAAAUCUAUCUCUGUGACAAUCAACUUAGUGGUAAGCUCCCAGAUAGCAAUGGAGGUUUAUCUCUUCUUCGGAGGUUGCAACUUGACAAUAAUUAUUUUGAAGGAUUCAUUCCAAACUCUAUUGGAAAAUUAAGCAACUUAACUAAUUUGUCACUUCAUGGGAAUAAACUCUCUGGGGGGAUCCCAUUAGAUCUCUUCAACUGUACUAACCUGGUAGAACUUGACAUUGGAUCAAACAGAUUGUCUGGGCCUAUUCCUAAGGCCAUAUCUCAGUUGAAGCUUCUAGGUGAUCUAGUGUUUUCCAACAACCUGUUAUCUGGUGAAAUACCUGAUGAAAUCUGUGCGGGGUUUCAGUUGGCGCAGCACCCGGAUUCUGAAUUCAAUCAGCAUUAUGGUGUGCUUGAUCUAUCGUAUAACAAUCUUAAAGGUCAGAUUCCAAAAACAAUCAAGAACUGUGUGGAAGUAAAAGAGCUAAUGUUGCAAGGAAACAAGCUUAAUGGCAUCAUCCCUCCUGAGCUUAAUGACCUCCUGAACCUGGCUGUCCUUGAUCUUUCUUUCAAUUCUCUUUCAGGUACAUUAUUGUCUGCACAGUUCUCUUUAAAGAACCUUCAGGGCUUACUUUUGUCAAACAACCAGCUAGAGGGUCCAAUUCCUGAUAAUCUUGGCUUGAUGAUGCCAAGUUUAGUGAAGCUUAACUUAUCAAGUAAUCGACUUACUGGCCCUCUUCCUGAAUCUCUUUUUGUUCUUAAGAGCCUUACGCAUUUGGACACUAGCCUAAAUUUUCUCUCUGGGUCUAUAUCGUUUCUCACAGACAUUGAUGGUGGAGUUAGCUCACUUAUUAUAUUCAACGCCAGCAAUAAUUUAUUCUCUGGUGCUAUAUCAGAGUCUAUUUCAAACCUAACUUCUCUCUCUAUUCUCGACCUCCAUAACAAUAAUUUCACUGGAAGUCUUCCAUCUUUAUUGUCCAGUCUAAAUUCUCUCACUUAUCUUGAUGUCUCUAACAACAAUCUCCAGGAUGCCAUCCCUUGUAAGAUUUGCAGCAUAGUUGGGCUCACAUAUGUGAAUUUUUCUGGCAAUAAAUUUGACAAUUUUGCACCAGAGAGCUGCACGAUGUCCCAGGCAUGUGUAGGGAGUCACAUUAUCUCAAAGCCAUUGGCUGCAUACCCUUCUGCACGAUUGUUUGGUCGAGCUUUAGUUUGGGGUAUUAUUAUUUCUGUCGCAUUUAUUUCUGUGUUAAUUUUUUUCAUUAUUAUCAAAUGGAGGAGACAUUACCAGAAAAAUUUAGCCCUCGCUCCAGCAAAUAAGACCAAGUCAUCAGCUAUUGAGCCAGCAUCCUCUGAGGAGCUUUUGAGCAAAAGACUAAAGGAGCCAGUCAGCAUCAACAUUGCCACUUUUGAGCAUGCUUUGUUUCGCAUCACUCUUGCUGAUAUCAUGAAAGCAACAAAUGAGUUUAGCAAGUCUCAUAUUAUUGGGGAUGGUGGAUUCGGCACGGUCUAUAAGGCGUCUUUACCUGAAAACCAGGUUGUUGCAAUUAAAAGGCUCAAUAGUGGGAGACAUUUUCAGGGUGACCGGGAGUUCCUGGCUGAAAUGGAGACUAUUGGAAAGGUGAAGCACAGGAAUCUUGUUCCCUUGCUUGGCUACUGUGUCUUUGGUGAAGAGAGGUUUCUAAUCUACGAGUACAUGGAAAAUGGGAGUCUUGAGCAAUGGCUUAGGAAACAAGCUGAUGCUGAUGGAACACUUAGCUGGUCAAUUCGGCUAAAGAUCUGCUUAGGCGCUGCCCGGGGGCUAUCUUUCCUGCAUCAUGGCUUUGUCCCUCACAUUAUUCACAGGGAUAUGAAAUCAAGUAACAUCCUUCUUGACCAAUACUUCGAGCCCAGGGUUGCGGACUUUGGUCUUGCUCGUAUUAUCAGUGCUUGUGAGACUCAUGUAACUACUGACCUUGCUGGGACCUUUGGCUAUAUCCCACCAGAGUACGGCUUAACAAUGAAGGCAACAGCAAAGGGUGAUGUUUACAGCUUUGGGGUUGUAUUGUUGGAGUUGUUGACUGGAAGAACUCCUACUGGCCAGGAAGAAGAGAAGGGGGGAGGUAAUCUGGUGGAAUGGGUGAGGUGGAUGGAGGGCUUUGGGUUGGUUGAUGAGGUAUUUGAUCCAUCCCUUUCACCUAUCAACUUGUGGAGAGAGCAAAUGAUGUGUGUUCUGAGGGUUGCCAAGAUGUGUACCACUGAUGAGCCAGCCAAAAGGCCAACAAUGAUUGAAGUUGUGAACCAUUUUAAGGAGAUUCAGAUGAUGGAUGACAGUAUAUAAUAUAAUUUCAGAUGGAAUUCUGUUGCUCGAUCAAUUUACAGCAGUUCUGUAGCGCAGCUUAAUCAGCUUGGAUAAGUGACUGAAGCAGAUGGAAGGUAGCUCUAUAAAGUCUGAACACUGAUGAACUGAGGAUGGUUGCAAGGUUUGUCUCUUUUCAUCUCUUAGUUGAAAAUCAUGAUGGUUUUAUCACUUAGAUAUGUGAAAUAUUUCCUCCUUUGAACCUAUUUUGUAUUGUGUACUUUGAUUCUUAAAGUUUACUAAUUUCUGGAAUUUGCUGGUA